ACACUGGUCAUUGUGGCCUCUCCUCUCCAUGGCUCCCCUGGCUCAGACCCUGGCACUGCUGGCAAUGGCCAUGGCCACUACGGCUUUUGAUGUCAUCCCUCUGGAUAUGGCCCUGGACUCCUUCGAUGACCGGUACCAGGACUGUGGCACAAAAAUGAUUGCGGAACUGCCAGCCCUCAAUCACUCCGAGUUCCAGCAGAAUCCCCUUUUUGCCCAGGCCUGGCUUAAUGCCACAGCCGUGUGGCGAGGUCAGAAGUCCCCUCUGUCCUCUCUGUCAUCUCCAGGCCAGGCCAUCGCCCUCAUGGCCUACACGAUGGAUGAGCUCUACAGACAGUUCAACGCAGCCGUGCGUACAGCCGGGCGCUCCCGCCAGGAAUACCGGGACAACUUCCACUUCAAAACACUGCAUUUCCUGCUGACCCAGGCCCUGGUGACGCUGAGGCAGGCUCAGAAUGGGCAGUGUCACAAUGUGUACCGGGGGGUGCGCAUGUACAAGUUCAAGGCAGAGCCUGGUGACAUCGUCCGGUUUGGUCAAUUCUCUUCGGCAUCACAGAGUGAAAAAACUGCCAAGCGCUUUGGGAGUGCCACGAUGUUCCAGGUGUACACGUGCCACGGUGCAGCAAUCUGGAAUUUCUCCAAGUAUCCUAAUGAGAAGGAGGUUCUGAUCCCACCGUAUGAGACCUUUGAGGUCAUCAAAGUCAGCCAGGAAGGAGAAAAAGCGAGGAUCCAGCUCCGCUCCAAUGGGACCUUCAGCAAAUACAACUGCGAGUGGCUGCAAGGGGACACCACAGGUGACAACCUGGGGGGAUGGGGACACCCACUGUGGCCAUGGGGACACCAACGGUGGACAGGGCACACCCAUGACAGGGCACAGAGGGUGGGGAAACUCACUCAGAAUGUGGGGACAGGGACAGGACAUGCUGGGGACACCAAGCCUGAGGACACCUAUGUGGGCACAGACACAGGGCACAGAGNUCCCACCUCAGGCAAAGACAAACCCAUCUGUGGGAUUGUUUUUGCUCAAGGACCUGGUUACAAUUGGUGGGUAAUGCAGAAAGAUGGAGAAACCCAUUGUGUGCCACAGGAAAACCUAGUCUUAAGCGAGAACUGUGUGUAA